UCGAGCAGCGCAGACGCGUUCGUUCUGCGUCGCGUCGUGCCGAGCCGAGUCGAGUCGUACGUUUCGCAGCAGCAUCCUGUUUCCAUCGCCGAUCGCGACCGAUUCACGGAUCGACGAUAUCCCGCGAACGUAUCUCCUUCGAUCUUUCGCUCCUUUCCGUGAUUUCAUCUUUUUUUUAAAUAAGAUCAAAAGUCGAUGGGAAGCGCGACGGAGGUGAUUACUCGUCGUGUCGUCGACGGUCUCGAGGAUCCGUUGAUGAAACGAGAAAACUGACGAGCUGCAACGGGUCUCGUCGCGAGUGAGACUAGUGAUCGUAUCGCGCAUCAAUCGGGGAGAAAAGGAAAAAAGUGUAAACGUUCACGGGUAAGGAAAAAGACGUUAAAGAAGAAGAAGAAGAAGCACGAGGAGAAAAGGGAAAAAAAAAAGAAUAGAAAUCAAAGUGUCGUCGCCCGUGAAGGGAUGCCUACGAAGGGGGAAAGGGGAAAAGCGACGGACUUCAGCAUCGCGGCCAUCAUGGCGCCCAGGGGUCCGUCCUUCGGGCAUUACCACCUGCAGGGCAUUGGCAACGCUGCCGCUACCGCUAAUACCAGCUUGGAAUGUCCAACUGGCAAAGCAUUCGUCGCCGAUUCUGCUCUCGAUCACCAUGCGGAUGUUUCAGGAGCAAGAACGUCGCCGGUGAACAUCGUCGCGACUGCGACGGUGGUGACGGAGGAAGCUUUGUUGGCCGACGACGAGGUGGAAAACUGCGAGGGCGAGAGCGAAGGCACCGAGAAGUCUGGAAACGAGGAGGACGAGGAAGUUGACGUGGACGUUGAAGAGUGCAGCAGCGUCGACGAUGGUCCCGUUCACGGUGUACCGGACGAUCUGACCGGUUCCUCGUCGACGAGAAAGUGUCAGGACUCUUACAACGAUCACGAACGGAAGCACCGGUUAAGAACCAGCUGCAAUUCCGACGAGCUUCGGGACGUCGAGUGCCACCUCGAGACGAAGGAACUGUGGGACAAAUUUAACGACCUCGGCACCGAGAUGAUCAUCACGAAGACAGGAAGACGGAUGUUCCCCACCUGCCGGGUGUCGUUCAGCGGAUUGAAAUCGGAUGGCAGGUACGCGGUGUUGAUGGACAUCGUGCCGGUGGACAACAAACGAUACCGAUACGCGUAUCAUCGGAGCUGUUGGCUGGUCGCUGGCAAAGCGGAUCCUCCGGCACCAGCCAGGCUCUACGUUCACCCGGAUUCCCCGUUCACCGGGGAUCAGCUUCGAAAGCAGGUGGUCUCGUUCGAGAAGGUCAAGCUGACGAACAACGACAUGGACAAACACGGUCAGAUCGUGUUAAACUCGAUGCACAGAUAUCAGCCUAGAAUACACUUGGUACGUUGUCGGCACACUGACGACAAUAAUCUUCACAUCACCGACCUUCAGAAGGAAGAACACAAAACCUUUAUAUUUCCCGAGGCUAUCUUCACGGCGGUCACUGCAUAUCAAAAUCAACUGAUAACCAAACUGAAGAUCGACAGCAAUCCGUUCGCCAAAGGUUUCCGCGAUUCGUCGAGGCUGACCGAUUUCGAUAGAGAUCCAAUGGAACUGAUGGAGCAACAAUUGGUCAGGUGUGGCGUGGCUCCGGUUAGGUUGUACGAACAUUUGGCUAUGUCGUCGCCAGCCGCGGCAGCGGCAGCCGCAGCCGCAGCCGCGGCCGCGCUCGGUGCUCAGCAACAACAGCAGCAACAACACCAUCAGCAGUCGCAGCAACAGCAAUCGCAACAGGAGAACGGGGCGCACGCGUUGUCUCCGUGGCUAACACCGUCGACGGCACUUUUGUACGGGACCGUGGGGCAAGCGCACCCCGGAACCAGAACAGCCACUGGAACAUCGUCCCCGUAUCCAGCCACCGCAGCCUCAGCUCCGUUUCCUUAUCCAGCCACCCUUCCGUGGCCCUGGCAGCCGCCACCCGUCGCCAUGAUCUCACGAAGGUCCUCGCCUCCUACGGCAACAGCUCCUUCCCUCAGGUAUGCUCCCUAUCCUCCACCCGCCAGUACACCUCCGCCACUUAGGACUCGUCCUUCCACCCCCAAUUAGCGUUACACAGCCCCACGGCAAUUCGCCUUAAUUCCCCCUUAAUCGUAUCCUUCCCGCGUCCAGCCGUCGCUCCGCUUCGUUGCGUUCCUUCUUUUCGGACGAGUCGUGGACGCGGCGCAGCCAAAGAAUUCCCUCGGGCCGAACGGGAUCAUCCGAUCUUCUUUUUUCUUUCUCUUCUGUUGAUACACCUUUCACGUAGACGUAAUUUUACCCGUAAUCGUUUACGCGUACUCGUAUCGCGUCGUUCCUCUCUCGGACUGCGAGGAAUUCGGCGAGAAAGCGUUUCGAAUUCUCCUAAUUCUUAGCUUUAAGGAAACGUCCCGUACUUGUUGGCUAUUUGUGUCCGCGUAAUGUAACCGUAGACCUUUCGUCUCGAGAUUCGGGCAACCUGUAAAUAAAUCGAAUCCAAUCGAAUGCGUUGCAACGCGAAGAAAAUCGAUGCGAAUAUGUAACAUAGACGUUAUGUAAAGGAAAGGAAAAGGGUUGACAAAGGCACGAAAGUGCGUGCGUCGAAGGAGGAUGAAAUAAUUCGUGCAUAACUGUAACAUAUACCAUGAUAGUAUUGAACGCGUCUUUCCUCGAGACGAGCGACUUUGUACAUAAAAUCUUUUACCGGUAGCGAUCAGUAGCGUUAACGUCGCCCUAUUCACGAUGUAGCACCGAUAGAAAUA